AUGAUUAGCAUUAGAAUCGUCAAUGAUAUUGCCAUCCUCCUCAUCUUGCAACACAUCAAAGAAGUUAGACAUCUGAACCUGAGCAGUAGACGGAUUGCCAAAAUGCCCUCUUCGUGUAGCUACUCGUGGCGUAAGAUUCUUAAUCUUCGUCCGGUUUUGAGGGAUUUCUUUUGGAUUGAUAUUGGCAAUGGGGCCUUGGCUUCGGCUUGGUACGACCGUUGGAGUGACAUUGGGCCGCUUGGGGAAUUUAUCUCGCCAAGAGUUAUUUCAAAUGCUGGGUUCCGGUUAGAGGAUUCGGUUUCUGACAUUCAGGCCAACGGUCAGUGGAAGUGGCCGGUUGCUUGGAGGGAUCUCUUUCCUGUUCUGAUUCAGCUAGAUCAUGUCAAUAUCCGGCCGAAUAAUCCUGAUAGAGUUAUGUGGCGUGAUGGUAAUAACACAAGUGUUUUCUCGUCUUCGGAGGCUUGGAAUUCGGUUCGUUUCAAAGGUACAGAAAUAGAUUGGUGCACUAUUGUCUGGUUUAACCAAUGUAUCCCGAGGCAUGCUUUUUUGAUGUGGCUGAUUAUGAGAGGUAAACUUCUCACGCAGGAUAAGAUUCUUAAGUGGGAUAUCUCUCGUAGAAAGACGAUGAAUAUGAUGUGUUGUCUGCUUUGCUAUGCUAAUCAUGACUCUCAUAGCCAUUUGUUCUUCGAAUGUGAAUUUUCCACGAAAGUUUGGUAUAUCGUGAGGCAAAAAGUGGGCAUGAGUACGGUUCAACCUAAAUGGGAGGAUAUCAUCAAUUGGCUUCGUGAUCGGUCCAAAUCAAAGUUAGCAUCUGAUUAUGUUGCGAAGCUGCUGGUGGCGGCAUGUGCUUAUGUUAUUUGGCAGGAGCGUAAUUUCAGGAUAUUCAAGAAUCGGAUGCGUCCUCCAGAGACUGUUAGUGAAAAUAUCAUUAGUUUGGUUAGAUACAAGCUAAUGGGUGCGAGAUUGAAGACAACGGAAAAUGUGCGAAGACUUUGGAGGGAGUGGGAGAUUCAUGGCAACGACAUUGUAGAUGAUGGUGGCUGA